CGUUGGGCUCGGAGCGCGCAGUCGGCAGAACCAGUUGCGAGCUCGGGGUAAAGCGAAGGGUUUGCCCUUUGGUUGGUGAGGAGUUACUUGCGGGGACCCGGAGUUUAUCCUCCGGAGCCUUCCAUUUGCCGAGAAAUUUGGGAAAUGGAGCAUGGCUCGUCCUCGCCAUGCUCCGAGCCGCUGGGCCACGUUGAGGAGCUUGAUGCCGUUGAGAGUUUGGCGGUGGUAGCGGAUUUUCUCGCUGACAUGCAGGCGAUUGCGCCGGAGUUCGAGCGGGCGGUUACGGCGGGAAGGGCCCUGGCGUGCUUCGCGCGGGCCUUGUGGGCCAAGGAGCUUCGCUACCACCAGAGCUUCAGAAGCGCGAAGAUGGUCCAAGACUUCUGGUCCCACUCUUGGAGAACGCCGGCGUGGAAGAAGGUGGGGCUGCUCCUCUUCUGGUACAACGGCAACGUUGCCAACCUGGCGGGGACCGUGGCUGCGCUGGCCAUGUUCGUGCUGUGCCUCUUGGAAGUGCUGCCAGGAUACCUGAAGCAGCCGUGGACCGGGGAGACGCGUGAAUUGCCCUUCGGGGUUUGGAGCAUUGGCACUGGGCUGCUGGUGCAUGGCGUCUUCCUGAUCUUUUAUUGGUGCCGGAGGACGGUGUGGCUGGACUGGAUAUGCAUACAUCAGGGGAAUGAAGAGAAGAAGAUGCAAGGCAUCCUGAGCCUUGGAGCAAACAUCAGGAAUUCAAAGAACAUGCUGAUCUUGUGGGACGAGACGUGGAUUGAUCGCCUGUGGUGUGUCUUUGAGCUGUCGGCCUUUCUGAAGAGCCACGGGAGGGAGGCGAAGCAUCACAUCACGAUUCUGCCGACCUUUAUUUUUCCUUUCUGGCUUGCCAGCUUUGUGAUGACGGCCGUCAUCAUGUUGGCCAACCUGACGGUCCCCUUCGGCAACGUUCUCUAUGUGCUCCUGGCCUUCCUCGGAUUGCUGGCCUGCAGCAUCAUUUGGGAGCAGCUGAUCUUCAGCUACUACUCUCACAUCAGAGCUUUGAAUGACCGCUUGGCUCAUUUUUCCCUGGCAGAUACCAACUGCUCUUGCUGCAGCCGCAGCCACGUCAAUGCGGCUGGGGAAGCCAUCCCAUGUGACCGGAAGAUUAUAGCUCAGUGCAUGUGCUCCUGGUUUGGGUCAGUGGAAGCCUGUGAGGCUAGCGUCAGCUCCACGGUGGCUAUUGUGUUGAGGGAGAAGCUUGGGGCAAGAUUCCCCUUGCCAUACUGGAUGCUCUUGAAUUGCGGCAUGCCAUUGGCUUGGGGCUAUAUGGACAUCGCCUCCCCCCGAGCUCGGGGCGAGGAAUGGGAAGAGUUCUGGAUGACCUUCCUGAACUUCGCAACAUGGUUCUUCGCUCUCAGCCCGGCCAUUACAACCUUUACUGUCGCCUUGAUCUGCAAGGUGCGGACACGCCAGCGAGAGCCAUCUAUGGCGCUUCGCUGGCUUUGCCGUCUCGCGACCAUUUUCCUGAACUUGAGCAGUCAUGCCUGCUACCGUCUCAUUCUGGCCCUGAACCCACCGGAGAUGGGCAGGGUUUUCCCCGAGCUAGUGUUUUUCGGCAUCGCUUUCAUUGUAGCGGUCGCCGCAUGGCGACUUCGCUAGAGUUACGACAUGGGGGCUGACCAAAAGGUCCUUUUACAUGGG